GCCAACUCUAUAAGAGAGUGUGCGUCUGGGAGAGAGCUGACCAAAUUGGCUGGGUAACCGAAAUGUUGUGCACUAACUGGCUGCUGGCUGUUCUAUGGCAGCUCUGCUUUUGGCCAAAAAUAAUGGCCUUUGACUACUGUGAUCCUGUGCUGUGUCCGGGACCCGAAAGGCACAUUGCAUGCAACAAUUUUGGCGAGCUGGCGGAUAACUGCAGCCCGGAUGCGCAUGUGGUGCGAAUAACGUCGGAUCGACGUAAUAUGAUCCUCAAUGCAUUGAAUGACUAUCGUGAUCGCAUUGCACGUGGUGAUCUGAUGGGUUUUAAGCCCGCUACUCGCAUGGCCACGUUGCAAUGGGAUCCGGAGUUGGCCAGCUUUGCGGAGCUGAAUGUGAAGCGUUGUGCUUUGGUCAAUGACCAUUGUCGCAACAGUGAACAGUUUCGCAAUGUGGCUCAGGUGGUGGCCGAGGGCGGUUGGCAGAGUCAACCGAGUGACGGCACCACCGAUGCACCACUCGAAUAUCAUACCGAGGAUGAGGUAAUCAAUGCCACAUUGGAACAAAUGUUUGCCGAGUAUAAAGAGUGCAGCAUGCGGGAUAUUAUUGCUUACAGUCCACCAAUCAAUAGAGUUCUGCAUUUUCGCACUAGCAAGUGCAUUGCGUACUUUACACAACUGGUGAGGGACAGCACCACCCACGUGGGCUGUGGCAUUCUCCGUCAGACGCACAACACCAGCAACAAUGCCGGACAGUGGCUCCUCAGUACGCAUCAGUAUAUGACCUGCAACUUUGUACGGGGCAACGAUGUCAAUGCGCCGGUUUAUCUCAGCGGCGAUAGACCGGCCAUUGAGUGUCGCACCGGACGAAAUCCGGCAUUCAUCAAUCUGUGCUCCAUCGACGAAAAUUACGACAACACUGGUCUGCUCGGAUUUAGUUACUUUUAAACGUUUCCUAAAUUAAAUGCUGCUUGAAUAAAAUCAAUUCAAUUAAAAUACA